UACUGUGUAACUGACGCAGACGUGAAACAAUGAGCUUCUCCAUCCCCAAAUUUCCCACCUUCGCUACCAUUUCUCCAAAUACGUUGAGAGUUUCCUCCAAUUUUCCUCAGCUCUCCGUCGGUUUCCCCCAAUUUAGCAAAACAACCGCCAAUUUCGGUAGCAGAUACGGUUUGCUACGUUGCUACGCAGCGGCGAAGCAGCAGAAGAGCGGCGGUGCGCCGCCGACAACGACGACAAAGAAGAAAAGGAAACCGAGUAGCAAGAGUGGUAGUAAGAAGGUGGUUGGAGAUGACUUUGAGAUUGAGAAGAGUGGCGGUGGAGUGGAGGUGAUGGAGUCACCGUCAGAAUCAGCUCAGUCGCCGUACUCGGCGCUGCCUCUGCCGAAUCCGCCGGCUGGAUUUGUGUUGGAUGAGCAAGGGAGAGUUCUAAUGGCUUCCAACAAACGCAUCGCUACUAUCGUUGAUUCUACCAAUAACUUCCCCCUGGAGUGUGUUAUACGGAGAGUAUUUAGAAAUUCACGAGGAGAUGAGUGCAUGCUACUAUGCCCAGUUGAUACGCCUGUUCAGAUUUUGAAGAGUGUCAAUGUUGAAGGGUGGUCUGCUGUUAGUGAUGAAGAAGUUGAGGCUAUACUGCCCACUGCCGCUUAUGCCCUUGCCAAAAUACAUAUGCAUCUUGUACACAGUGGAUUCUGUUAUACGGCACGAGGCGGUUUUUGCUACACAGAAGAAGAUAUAUUUGAAUUUCAUAUAGACAAUGGUGAAGAUGUGGACGGUUUACCAACUGAAGGCGUUGAGAUUGCAUGUUUCCAUCUGGAUGGUUCUCACUAUAUGAUUUAUACACCUUCCGACCCACUGCUGUUUGUUGCAGUGAAGGACAAAGAUGGUGUACUACAAAUAGCUGAUGACGAACUCUUGGAUGAUCCUGCUAUUAUUAGCGCCAUAGAUGAGGAAACGGAAUUCAAUGCUUUAGUGGAAGAAGAAGCUGCUCUUCUCGAUUCAUUGCUUGGAAAAAGGUGAUUAGGCUAUUAUCAAAGAAAGCAGAAUGUCUUUGUUGAAAUCAGCAAAAUAGGUAGCUUGUAAAACUUGACAUUGUAUAUACUACGAUUCAUUAGUUGUUCUGUUCCCCUAAUGUAAUUAGUUUUCAAGGUCGAUUAUAUUUAUAAUUAGGAACAUUGCAACCGAUGGUUCACUGCCUUUUUCCACUAAA